AACUGCGGUCAGGUCGUUGGUCAACCCUCUUGUACAAACGUUGAAAUUGAUCUACCUUCCUCUGGGUUGGAAGGCGUGGAACGACAUCGGGGUCGGGUGAUUCAUCUGGAGUAUCGGGAAGGCGAAAAGGUGGACACGAGUCUCUUCGUGGUUGGCAAGGGCAUCACCUUUGACACGGGUGGCAGCGACGUCAAGGCCGGUGGUUUGAUGGCGGGGAUGCAUCGGGACAAGUGUGGUGCUGCGGCGGUGGCCGGCUUUCUGCGCACCCUUGCCCUCCUUCGUCCUGCUGGCCUCCGCGUAGUCGCCCAUCUGGCUUUUGUGCGCAACGCCCUCGGAUCCAAUGCCUAUGUAGCUGAUGAGAUUAUCACUUCGCGCGCCGGUAAACGCGUCCGCAUCGGCAACACCGACGCCGAGGGCCGUAUGGUCAUGUCCGAUCUCCUCUGUCUCGCCAAGGAAGAGGCUCUAAGUGCCGUGAAUCCGUUCCUCUUCACCGUGGCGACUCUUACGGGCCAUGUCAUUCGCGCAUACAAAUUCUACACGGCCGUCAUGGACAACGGACCCGCUCGUAAGUUCGACAUGGCGCACAAACUUCAAAAGGCUGGCGAACGCAUAUCCGACAUGGCAGAGGUGUCGACUGUGCGCAGGGAGGACUUUGAAAUGAACAAGGGUCACACAGAGUAUGAGGAUCUGCUGCAAUGCAACAACCUGCCCAGCAGCGCGACACCUCGUGGUCAUCAGUUUCCCGCAGCCUUCAUGAUCUUGGCCAGCGGACUCGAGAAGCAUGGACUAGGCUGCGAGAAGCAACUGCCCUAUACCCACAUGGACGUUGCCGGUAGUGCUGGACUAAUCGACACUCUGCCCACCGCGGCGCCUCUCAUGAUGCUCACCAGCAUGUUUGUCCUGCCUCGAGUGUGGAAUGUGGUCAAUUAA